AUGGGAACCUGUGCUUCUUAGAAAUAGAAAAAAUCAAGAAAUAAUGGAGAAUUAUAAUAAGUAGUAGCUCAAGUUAGACUAUCAUAAGACUGCAGUGUAAUCUUGAAGCAAAGAGCAAGUUAAUCGUCAUAUUUAAAUCCUUUUAAAAAUCCAAUUCUCAGUCGAAGAUUAAAAGAAAUGCCUCCCUCCCCUAAUCCAUAGACUCAAUCAGAAUGA